GACAUGUCUAAACCCCUAGAAGUGUUUGUUGUUGGAGAAAACCGUAGUCUGCAGUCUGAGAGUUCCUCUCUGCGCAUCGCCAACACCGAGCUGAGCGGGUCAGCCGGGCGGAAAGGGAAAGAGGCGUCCGUGGAGGAGACCACCACGCCCAGUACCCCCUCCCUGCCUCCUCCUCUUCUCCCUCCCUCCCCCCAGCCCCGAACCCCAACUGAUCCCCUUAACACCUCCAUCACCAACGGGUCACACCCCUUCACCCCCACGGGCAUCGGCCAGGACUUCUACAGCCCCCCUUUCCCUCUGGUGGGGGGCAAGAUGUCCCUCAACGCCCUCCUGCAGCGGCAGCUCAUGCAGACGUUCUACUCCAAAGCCCUGCAGGAGUCCAAUCAGGGAGCAGCUCUACUGUUUGCCCCUGUCCACUACACCUCUACCUCCACCUCUGGCUCUAGCCCUGUCCCGCUCUCGGCCAGCCCACUGCAGUCUCCUGCAGGUCCAGAGGUGAACGGUAGUGGCGGUGCCCCGUCCCCCUCUCCCAGCCAGUCUGAGGGGACUGGGGGCAGUGUGUCUGACUGGGAGGACAUGGACACCUCAGAGAUCGCCCGACAGAUCAAGGAGCAGCUGAUUAAACACAACAUUGGCCAGCGGGUGUUUGGCCACUAUGUACUGGGCCUGUCCCAAGGCUCGGUCAGUGAGAUCCUGGCUCGGCCCAAACCCUGGAGCAAGCUGACAAUCCGGGGGAAAGAACCCUUCCACAAGAUGAGGCAGUUCCUGUCUGACGAGCAGAACAUCCUGGCACUACGCAGCAUCCAGGGACGUCAGAGAGAGAGCCCAGGCCAGCCCCUUAGCCACGCAUUACAGGACGUACCGAAGCAGAGAGCCCGCUCUGACCAAGCCUCGCGGACAGAAACCUUGGAGCAAGAUGACCUCCAGAGGCCUGCUAUGCAGCUGUGGCUGAACGGUGACCUGAGCCAGAACACACACAUCAAGCCUGCUCACAACCAAACCUCAGCCAGCUGCAGCCCUGCCCCAGCAGAGGGCACUCCCAGCCAGACCUCAGCCAGCUGCAGCCCUGCCCCAGCAGAGGGCACUCCCUGCCAGACCUCAGCCAGCUGCAGCCCUCCUCCAGAGUCUCCACUGAGCUCUGCUGAGGAGUCACUCAAUGGUUUAGGGGGGGACCGGGACCCUCUGGCCCCCCAGGCCCCGUCUCUGGAGCCCCCAUCUGGUGAGCCCUCAGGGGGAGAGUCCCAGCCCGGUACGCCCCUGCCCCUCCCCGGCCCCAUCACAGGCCUCAGCAUCCAGGAGACCAUAGCCAUGUCUCCUGAACUGGACACAUACGUCCUCACCAAGAAGGUCAAGGAGGUGCUGACUGAUAACAACCUUGGGCAGCGUCUGUUUGGGGAGAGUAUCCUGGGUCUGACCCAGGGCUCGGUGUCUGACCUGCUGGCUCGGCCCAAGCCCUGGCACAAGCUCAGUCUGAAGGGACGUGAGCCAUUUGUCCGUAUGCAGUUCUGGCUGCAGGACCCACACAAAGUGGAGAAACUAAUGGACAUGAAACGCCUGGAGAAGAAAGCCUACCUGAAGAGGCGCCACAGUUCUCUGAGUGACGGCCAUUCUGUGGACGGUGGCCUGGCAGGGCCAGACUUCCUCCAGAGCGCCAGCCCCCAGCACCAGCAGCCUCCUCAGCUGUACCAGAAGAAGAUUCGGGUGGUUCUGGGUCCCGAGGAGAAGGAGGCUCUGAAGAGGGCUUACCAGGAGAAACCCUACCCCUCCCCCAAAACCAUUGAGGAGCUGGCCUCCCAGCUUAACCUGAAAACCAGCACUGUUAUCAACUGGUUCCACAACUACAGGUCUCGUAUCCGCAGGGAGCUCUUCAUAGAGGAGAUUCAGGCUGCAGGGUCAGCGGCAGCAGCUAAAGCAGGGGAGGGGGACAGCUGUGACGGGACUGAGUCCGAUGGCACGGUGGAGGGCCGCCACCGGGGGCCUACAGGGCCAGAGGAGCACAAAGAGGCCUCUGAGGACCAGGACAUGGAGGUCAGGGUUGAAGCUGGGGUGUCAGGUGGAUCCCCUGUCCAGAGAAACUCCACUACCUCAGGUUCGGCCGGGCCGGGCUCCAGCAGCAGCAGCCUCUUCGGCCCCCCUGAGGCAGGUCUCUCUCUCUCAGCCCCAGCGAGUCACACCUCAACCCCGGCGAGGAACCCCAGGGACAAUACCCUGCGCAAGAAGAAAGCUGCCAACCUCAACAAUAUCAUCCACAGACUGGAGAAGGCUGCCGGCAAGGAAGACCCGUCUGAGUGGGAGUUCUGAACCUCCCCCCCACCCCUCACACCCCUUCUCAUGACCUCACAACCUCUGCCCUUUGACCCUCACCCUGGUCUUCUCCUAUUGGACAGAAGAGGGCAACAGCCAAAGCCAAGCUUAAUGGCCACUUUUAUACACAGUCUCUUUCCUGAGAGAAAGGAGAGAAGUGGUUGCCAAACCAAGAUAUAAUGAACUCUGAGAAGACAAAAAGGAUUGAAUCCUAGGCUCUCUGAAUAUUGAGUUUAGUUUUGUUACUGAGUAAAGCACUUAGUUUUCCUGCUGGCCACAGGGCCUGCUGUAUCCCCCCCAAACACCAUCAGUUACUGGCAGGCUGCACCACAGACAGACAGGCAGGAAGGCAGGCUGACCUGGGGCUGUUUUAAAGGAUGGAUGGACGCACUCACAGGAAGAGAAUUCUUUCAUGUGUUAAUUUAGAAGAGAUCAAUUUUUCCCCUGUCAACUCAGUGUCCUGUCCCACAGACCUCCCCUCACGUAGUGACCUCACGUAGUGACCUCACGUAGUGAGCCCAGCCACCUCUUUUCCCACACUGUCCAGUGACUGUUGCAAACCUUCUGCCUUUUUCUCUCUCCACUGAUGUGUGUUGUUUUAAGGGGUCACGUGGCUUUUUGACCUUGUUACUCCAUUGUGUGUGUGUGUGUGUGUGUGUGUGUGUGUGUGUGUGUGGCUGAGGAUCAAGAUGAUUCAGCUGAAGAGAAGAAUCAAACCUAAAAAAGGCCAAGUUUCCAUAGUUACUGAGGGAAGAAUGACCUUUUGACCCCUGUGUGGUCCUGCUAGCAGCCAUGUGAUGGUGCUGAGCGGCGGGAUCUCCGGUGCACCACUCAACGGAAGAGGAACCACCUUUUUUUGUUCCCGAGUGUACUCCGAUGAUGAUUUUUAUAUAGCGAUUUGGUUGCCACUAAGAGAUUGCACAGUCUAUUGACUCUAGAGAGUACAAGUUAGAGAAUUGUUUUUACACAAAAGCAAAAAAGAGAAGAGUUACUGUUUUGGAAACUUAAAAGUGAAACUUGGUUAACUCCCAGUUGAAACAUAAUAUGUGAUGAAACGCCGUAGUGAGCUAAUGUAGUGAUAUGUUGUCAUUGUUCUGGGUUAGUAAGUGUACACAUCACAGUUUAACCAACCUGCUCUGACCUAUUGUGUGUCUGCCAAUGUUUUCCUCACAAAACAUAUUUCCAGGUGAAAUCAGGAAAACUGGACAAAACAACACGGACAUGUCAAUAUCAUCUGUACUGGAAGUCCCAGGUGUGGUCAAUAACACAGCCUGCUGUAUUAGUCUACAUACAGAGAGGCAGGUGGCUUAUACUGAAGUCCUACUCCAUACACCCUUCUCCACUCCAUACACCCUACUCCAUAUACCCUGCUCCACUCCACACACCCUACUCCAUAUACCCUGCUCCACUCCACACAUCCUACUCCAUACACCCUGCUCCACUCCACACACCCU